ACCUCGCCCUCGCCAACGCGCCGCGCCCCGCGUUCGCCGACGACGACGCGUCCGACGCCGCCGACUACGACGCGAAGCUCCUCCUCCUCUCCGUGCGCAACGCGGACAAGCAGCUCGCGCCCGGCGACGCCGCCCACGCGCAGCGCCUCGAGAUGAUGCUCCUCCUCGCGCGCGACGUCCUCCGCGUCCCCUCCGCCUCCCCCGCACACGGAGACGGGUCACCUGCCACCGCGCCUCCCCACGACAACGUCGCCGUCGCGAUCAUCGAUGAACCCACGUUCGUGGGCAAGUCCUCCGUCCUCCUCUCCUACUUACGGCAGCGCCUGUCCGCCCCUCCCGCCUCCACCCCUGCUUCCUUUCCCCCAGAUGUCCCACUGACGAGUUCCUCAUCCGCGCCGCCCCCACGGCCCCAGCUCACCUUCCUCGUCGGCACUGACACCCUCGAGCGGCUCUUCGCCCCGCGCUACUACCCCUCCCCCUCCGCCAUGGCCUCUGCCCUCCACCGCUUCCUCUCCGCCCACCCCGCCGGCGACGACGCCCGCGUCGUCUGCGCCCGCCGUGCCCUCCUCUCCCCGGAGGCGCAAGGCGAGGAGGCGAAGCUCCGCGCGGCGAUACGCGAGUUCGCGGAGGAGGGGAGGGUACUGCUGGUGGACAUCCCGGAGGAACUGAGGUCAGUGAGCAGUACGCUGAUUCGACAGGGCGCGAAUGGUGGACACGAGCAGUGGAGGGAGAUGGUCACUCCGGCAGUUGCGGAGUACAUUGAGACGCAUCGUCUCUACCAUGUUUAGCUUUCAGCACUUCAGUUGCCAUCUUACUUGCUAGUGCUUGAAUAUAUCUGUAGAAUAUCCAACUCAGGCCGACGCAGACCAUGGAGUGAGAGUAAACAAGAAAU